AUGCACGAAAACGCGGCUGAACUAGUGCGAGCAAAUGGAGGCGCCUGCAAAACAGCAUUCGUGCAGCCUUACAGCCCCGCCCGCGGAGUCCCUGGCGCGGAGAGACCUGGGCUGCGGGCGGGGAGACCCGGGCGCGUGGUGAGGCCGGGACGCGCGGAGAGACCUGGGCUGCGAGCGGGGAGACCCGGGCGCGCGGGGAGGCCGGGCGCGCGGGGAGACCGCGACUGCAGGCGGGGAGGCCCGGGCUUGAGGGGCCGGCUCUGGAGCCUGGGAGAAGGCAUGUCCAGGAUCCCUGAGCAGACCCGAUUCCCACCAGCCCUCUGCAUCGUCUGCUCCAUACCGAAGUUGGACUUUCCCACAGAAGAGAAGGCAAAGAAAAGGUUCCAUCUACCAGAGCGGCGCCUGACGACACAGAACCCAUUUGCCUCAGAUCCUGUUUGAAGGCCAAGCAGAAAUGAAAUCAGUUCCCCUGAAGAAAGUGGCCUGGCAGAACAAAUGGGUAGAAAGUGGAUGGACUGAGGAGAACCUGGAUCCCUUAGCUGUGUUGUUCGCACUUCAGGGCCUGGGCACCUCCUGUUUUCUAUAGACUGUAAAUCAUCACUCCUGACUAGUGCAGUUACUGGGAUCCACCAUUUGUCAAAUACCUGGAUUUGACUUUAACAGGAGAUGCACCAAAGUGAAGCAGUGAAGUUCUUUGUGAACAGUGAGUGUUCCCCCAAAUGACAGAUACAUGCAGGGCCACCCAGGUAUCUUAUGUGCAGCCACCCCCUUCAGGUUUUCCCUGGACUCACGGUUAGCAGGAAUCAGGCACACUCAAUUUCAGAAGCACCAGCCAGCAGCUUGGCCUGGACCAAGGCUAGCCCAGGUAGUUUGGGUUGAGGUGGUCUAGCCAGCAGCCCACGCCCACACCCUCUGCUGGAGCUCCUAGCCCUGUGACUGGCCGGAGAUGCUGCUGUGGAGUGCUGGGAAUCUGUGCUCACAAUUCUGCCUAGGGCCAGUGGCCCUGCGGCAGAUAAAAUGCAGAGCCUAGAGAUGACUGUGUACAGCUUCAGAUCAUUCCCUGCUGCCUACUCCUUUUCCCUCCCCCAAACUGACACCUCCCUGUCACCUGUCUGCCCUUCACAGCUUAGAAUAUGCCCUCACUCUACAUUUCACUCAGCCCCAGGGUGAGAGCCAGCCUCUGGGGUAAAUCCUGCUUCAUCAGUUCCUGACCAGGUGAUCUCAGGCAUGCUUAACCUUUCUAUGCCUCAGUUUCUUCAUCCAGGAAACAGAUGAAGCUGCCUACCUCAUUGGGUGCAUGUUUGGGAUCGUUCAGGCAUUUAGCAAACUUAUUGAGCACCUACUAGGCACUUCCAGCACUCAGGCACAUCCAUGCACACAACCAGCUCAUGGGGGUAGGGUGCAGGCAAGCACUUGGUGCAAUCAGUAAUGUGGCUGCUAUGUUGGAUCCG